CAGAAAAAGGCAAACUUUGCAUUUAACUGCAAAAUAGAACUACCCUAAAUAUGAACUUUUUGAGUAAGGGAUAUUGCUGAAUCUAAGGUUUAAAAAAAUAUUUACCAAUUUUCAUAAUCUUUUUAAUUCACCCUUCGCGUUUUUUCACCACAUAAAAAUAGUGCCGAAUUUGAUUUAAAAAUUAUAAACGAUCUUUCAAACCCCUAGCCAAUACAUAUUCCUAAAGGCGAGAGAAAGAUUAUCUCACAAACAUAUUUAUCACAUAAGAGUACCUUUCUUUAUAGGGCAAGAAAUACAUUUUUUGGGUUUUAUUUUACGAAAAAGCACAUGCUAGAAAAGGGAAAAGUGCAAAACAUUUUCGGCAAAAAAUUGCACCAAAUUUGAUGUGUCAAAGCUACAUAUAUGCAAACAUUUUGGGACAGCUGGGUCCAAAUUGAGACAGAAUACAUUGUGAGUUAAAAAGUUGUAUGCUUUACAAAGGGGCAUGGACAAAAACUUUGCCAUUUUCUGCUUGGUUUGACAUUUUCGUCAGAGUAUUCAAAAAAUAAACUUAUUAAUGCAUCUUGUACAACUGUAACUUAUAAAAUUUUGACUUGUUACGCAUGUUGUUGAGAAAUGCCUUAAUGCCACUUACUUUAGCGAAACAGCAUUUUUUGUUAAAAGGUUGAAAAUUCUGAUGCUCGUGGAUUUAAUGCUAAUCAAAAAGCAACAAGGUUACAACCGGUUUCAAGUAUAUAUUUAUCAAAAUAGACAAGCAUAACCACCUUGUUAUUGAAUUUCACACAUUGUCUUGUAAGUUAACAUUAGAGGAAAAAAUAAGUAAAUGCUGCGCCUAUCACGCUCAUAAAACCACACAUUUUCCAUAGUAGCCACCUGACAAUGGCCUUCUUUGGCCAAUAAAAAUUGCUUAUUUUUCCGUCCCCUGAUCAAUAGCUUACUAAUAUCAAGCACCAAUUGAUUUCAAAAUCAAAGUUUUGAUGGCUGAUUUAUUCAUUCUCUAAUCUAAAAAUUGAUCUUUCCAAUUCAUGGCAGUCGUCCAUCUCAUCUCCACGUCAUAGAGAUGGUUCCAACGUAGACUCGAAAAGCCUUCGGGCCUGAUUUGAACUAAAACCACCUCCUUGAAGACCAAUUUUGGCAACUCAAAAACGGUCCGAUUUUCUUCGGUUUCCGUGGGAAUUGCACACACUUCGGAAGUUGUUUUAGUAGCGAGUGGCGAUUUAUGGAUGGACAAACUGUCCAUUCUGUCAACAAAAAUCGUGAAUUUGCUUCUCAUUGAUGAGAACGGUCAUGAAUACGGUAAUUUUGGUAUAGAUCACAAUCCGAAAGGUUUCAAGAACAGCUCUCAACCCCUAAAAAGUUCCAUUCGCCAUCAGUUUGACUUGUAUCUUAGGGGUGUUCACAUACGUCAUUGGUUAAUUAGUGCUCUUCAAUAAAAUCAUAACCCUAGCUCUAUUAUCCUCCGUCUCCAAGAUAUCCAAUCCGAGAAUUCAGCACCACUGGGUUUUGGCAUUAUUCCCAUCACAAGUGCAUGACGAUAGUGACUGGUUCUUUAGUUGAAAACUGAGAGGAGGAAAAAGGGGAAGCGAUAAAAAAAAAAACGUUGUCUAUUUCUCUUGAGCUUUGGCCUAUAUUACGACACUAUCAAUUCCAGGAGAUUUUUAUUUUUAUUUUUUUGCAUUUUUACAGAAGGAGACGAGUAAGGUUCUGGGCCCCUGAUUGAAAACUAAUGUGGUUGCGUGUAUGAACUGCGUGUGAGAGUGAGAUAGAGAGUAUUAUGGUUGUUUGCCCUCUCUCACCAGGGUCAAGAUUUUAACACCAACGUUUCGAAGGCAUUCUCGCACAAUUAAGGAAGGCAAGCUUUGCCGUUCGAAAUAUCACGAUUGGACUCUUUUUGCAAUUCAACCAUACGCUUGUCUCGAGCCAAGUAGAUAAACGGAUAGCUAAUACAUACUGUUGCACUGUACAUAUAUUGCACUACAUAGCCAGCUCUGCGUCAUCAUGCCCUUGUCGAAUUCGCAUGAUUUAAUCCCUACAUUUGGACGAACCAGAUUGCAUCCUUGUUAGUGCGUCCUAUCUUGUCACAGAGUGAAGAGCUGGUAGUGGAUCCAUUGAAGUUGUGCCAGAGUCUUCGAAUCUAGUGUGACCAGUGAUUGUAUUAUUAUUUUGCAAAAUGGCGGUUUUCGAUUUGACCACCAAGAAAUCUGAAUAUGCCUCGAAAUUGUUCAGAACCGGCGUGCUAUUCGCCAGUUUCUUGGCCUUUGUAAGGAUGGAUGACAGUCUCUCAAGUAUUGACCUGCCUUGUAUUUGUCUGGUUAUUACUUUUCAGGGGGUGUCGAGAAGUUUGCAAGGUCCAACCAUGUUGGAACUUCAAAAACAAAUCAAUGCGGACACAAAUACAUUUCAAAUCAUCUUCAUCUUGGGAUUGAUCACGUUUCCGUUCGGAAAUGUUUUAGGAGGAGUUUUGAUCGAAAAGAUGUCUCCAUGUUUGCUUUUAUCCAUAUCCAUGGUUAUACUCUCGAUCUCCAACUUUGUGAUUCCUUUUUCCUCCAAUAUUGGCACAUUGGCUUCAGGGUCUGCCUUUGCUGAACUUGCCUUUGGCUUCAUUGACACGGGAGGUAAUGUGUUUUGUCUUCGAAUGUGGAAUGAGAAGAGUGGGCCUUACUUGAACGCCUUGUACCUCUCACAAGGGAUGGGAUUCAUGUUGGCCCCUAUCUUGGCCGAGAGCAUUCUGCCUGAUUCGGUUCCGACAGAUGUCACGAAAGAUCAGAACCAAACCAAUGGCGAGGACCAUAUCGCCAAAAUCCCACUUUCGGACCAUACCAUAGAGUUCCAAGACUUUGACAUGUUCACUCCACUCCAAGCUCUUUACAUGGGCAUUGGGAGUGUAUCCAUGGUCAUUGGCAUUGGAUUCAUGUUUGGCAUUCCAGCAGACACUAAAGUUGGAAGUUACAACCUUCCUCAAGAUGCCGAGACAGGCUCAAAUGUCAACCAAAGCCACACUCGACUACUGCAAAUCCUCCUUAUCAUAACAAUGACCAUCUUCAGUAUGCUGGCUAAUGGAAUGAGUUUUACCUAUGGCUAUUUCCUCACCGCUUACGUGGUCAAAGGAAGUUAUCAAUUAAGUCCUCAAAGUGGAGCCAGAUUGACAAGUAUUUACUAUGGGUCUUUAGUGCUCAUGCGCGGCGUCAAUAUCCCUCUGGUGGCCAAAUUCCAAAGUUUUCACAUCUUGCUCUUCGAUUUGGCCAGUGUCUUCAUCGGAAGCAUCUGCGUGGCAACUCUCUCAACCUUUUGGGGUCUCCAAAUAGGGACCGUCCUCAUUGGGUUGGGGGUUGGAUCAUUGUUUCCCAUGGGUUUGGUGUGGAUGCGAUCGAAAAUGGAACUAUCCGGAAAAGUUACAGCUCUACUGUGCGUGGCUACAACAUUAGGCGCUCAACUUUUGAGAAUACCAGAGGGCGCUUUUAUUGACACUGUGCCCAUGGUUCAUGUGUUUUUGUUACUUGCUACAUUUGGAGCGAUCGUAAUGACCUUUGCAAGCGCCGUCCUAUUGGCGAGCAGAAAACUGCAAAUGGAAAGAACCAUUGUAGUCACUCCGGAAAAAACAUGAAAUUUCGUUGCUUUGAGUUCUAGUUGUUCAGUUUGUUAACCGUUAUUUGUCUAUUAUUUACUUUUUUCCGUUGAAUAAACACAUAGUGGAAAGUUUGA